AACGUGCAUCACACGGAGUACGGCGUUGUAGUAGGCUAUGUACACAAGGUUCAGCUGGCAAGAGGUACAAAGUACACCGCGUGUCGGCACUUCGCUCUAGACACUGUUCGUCAUGCAUGUAUAUACAAACACAUACAAGUACGUAUGUGUCUGCGCGCGUGCGUACACGUGUAAAUGCGCGUAGUGAAGCAACAUUUGGUUAAUAAUCGUGCAACCGUGAAUGCCCUAUACCUCAUGUGCCUCCAGUAGUACUACGCCGCGGAGUUCCUCAUCAUCAUCGAGUGCGUCUAGAAUGCGAGAUAAAAGAAUGGAGAGGGCAUUACCAAAGGCGUCUGCCAAAUCCAUCAGUAGACACAUGGGAUUGUGCCUUUCAACGUUGCGAUAUUGUUGUUGUGGUUGCGUUGUCGUGUUGUUGGUCGUAUGUUUGUGUUUACCGUUGCUAAAUCUUACGAUACCUAUUAACCGCCCAAGCGGAAUCUCCAGAAUGCCUGCUAGGCAUUCCAUCAACUGGCAAAUGGUAAACAAUUUGAAUUUAAAGUGUAAACCGCCGAAUGACCACAUAUUGGAGAAUUACACGUUCAACAAUAUGGACAGAAUGCUGGAACCAAAUGCAAACUGUGUGAUUAAAAUGGCAAAGUGGAAAGACGGUAAAUCGAGCAUGCGUGUGAUGUCACAGCUGCAGUGGUUGAAGAUGAUGUCUCUGAUGGCGAUGAUAGACAUGGUAUUCAUGUCGAACAGUGUAUCAUACGUGCUAUUCGGAGGUGCUUUAUACGGCUCAUAUAUGUCACACGACCUUUUGCCCUGGGACGAUGACAUCGACAUCAUGAUACGUCACAGCGACCGACACAGAAUGGAGACAGCUCUGCUCGCCCUUGGUCCGGAGUAUAAUCUAGUCAAUCAUACGUCGAAACGACACAUGAAAUUUUUUUUCUCAAACACGCCAAAGACGUGGCGCUACGAGUGGGCGUGGCCGUUCAUUGACAUAUCAUUUUUCGACGAGAACAGCACGCAUAUAUGGGAAAUUCAUCACGAAACAGACGAAGGUCGAAUUUACCCAAGAGACAUGGUUUUCCCUCUGCAUCGUCGCCCGCUAGGCUAUCUAUGGCUAGCCUCUCCGAGAGAUACGAGAGCGUUUCUCAUGAAGUCCAUCCGUGGGCCGGACAAGAGGUUCCUCUGUGGAAAUCAAGGAUGGCAACACAAGGCGGAAGAUCAGUUCCGCACCAAGUAUGUGCAAUGUCAACACCUGCUAAAUGACUACGCGGCCGUGAACCGCAGCAGAGCCAGCGGUGGAGUGAUGGAGACGUUGAUUUAUGGCAAGGAAAUACUGCAUUCGUGUUUCAUACAGGAGCCGGAGCGCGCCGUAACAAAUGGACCGUUUACGUUCGACGUCAUCAAUGGUGUGUAAUGUUCGAAUUAUAUCAGUGUUUUUUUUUAAAUUUUGUUAUUCACUCUUUAUUAUAUUGUGAAGCAAAUGUUGUUUUUUGUUAGUCGGCUGCCAGCGUGUAUUCUUAUAAUGAAAUAAAAGUGUUGCUGACUAAA